GCAAAUCCAAUAUAUCGUUAAAUCUGGCAGUCACAGAGUACAUUGUUUAUAUUUUUCAGUCUGGUGAUUUCGUGAUUGCAAAGUCGUGUUGCAAUGGAAGACGAGGAAGUGUUCUUGAAGAUUGAGAACCGGGAUAGGCUGAUGGAACUCUCGCAGACUAUCAGGAAGGAAUUACCUUUUUCUGCCAGUAUGCACAACUGCCUGGUUCUCCACGCCCGCGGUUACGCCUCCAGCCAGGAUUUCUACGAGAUAAAGGCAGCCUCUAACAGCCCUGUCAUUUUAUCAAGGAGUAAGGGUGAACAAGACACUGUGACGCUGUUUUGCUGUGAGUCCGCCGUUGGCUUGUUGAUGGAAGGCCUGGAGAAGACAAGACUCAUUGACUGGACGAAGCCGUUCUUCUUCCUCCACCUCCCCAUCUACAUGGCCGAGGGGAUCAGGGCCUUGGUGGAUCGCCGAGCAGAUGGGCAAGGGGACUUCCAGUUCGUCGAUACGUUCCUCUACUCGAAGGAGGACGACGAGGAGGACCUUGUAUGUCCCGCGGGGAUGCGAGUCUGCCGCCUGGGAGAAAGAGGUGUGCGUCAGUUGCAUGCGGCAUGGCAAUACAACAAGUACGUUGACGUGAGCAAACUCCUCUCCUUCGCCCAUCAUCCCACAAACGUCGGCGUGUACGAGGCGGACGUCGGGGAGGGCCACAGGGUGGAGCCGACGUCCCUGCAACGGGCUGGGGACGAAGAGAGUGCCGUGGCAUGGGUGGCACUCACCUUCUACGGCACCACUGGGAUGCUUUACACUGUGGAGAGCCACCGUCGGCGAGGAUUAGCUCGACUGGCCCUGCGGGUUUUUUCUUGCCUCCAGGACAAGCAAGGACUUGUCCCUCACGCGUUUGUCGAGGAUUACAACGAUAGUUCCAAGAGACUCUUCUCCCAGCUGCCCGGAUGGAGAAGUAUUACACAGACAUUGAUAGUAGGUGUAAAAGUUUUCCUGCAUUAAUUAUCUUAACGAUUAAAAUAAAUGAAUAAAUAAAAUUAGAGAUAAAGGUG